CUAAAAUUUAUGAUCCCUUUUUGAGUGGGUCCUGCCGCGGGAAAAUCCAAUUUUUUUUUUCACCCUCACUCCUAAAUAAAACUUCCAUAAAAAAUUCAAUAGAGAUGCUUUGGAUAAAUAAAAUUCAUCUUAUUCUUCUUAUUACUAAUUAUCAAGAAUUUGAAUCAAAAACAGAUGGAUUUAAUAGAAAAGCAUUUUCAAUAGAAAAUGCUUAUUUCUUAAACUUAAUUAAUGAAUUUGUUGGAAAAUCAAGAUCAAGUUUAAAUUUUAAGGAACUUCCCUUAUUUCCAGAUCACAAAGAAGAAAAAAUGUAUUUAGAAAAUCGAAUAAAAAUUUUAAAAUUUUUAUUUCAUACAGUUAUAGCGAAUCCAAAAAAUAAAACAAUUAUAAAAAAUUCUACUGGAAUAAAAGAAAUAAGUAAACAAGUUCCUCGAUGGUCAUACAAAUUAAUUGACGAUUUGGAACAACAAGAGGGAGAAAAUGAAGAAAACAUGUCGGAAGAUUAUGAAAUUCGUUCACGAAAAGCCAAACGGGUAGUGAUUUUUACUGAUAAUAAAAAAAAUACAGAUACUUAUAAUAAUACCAAAGAUACAACGAAUUCUGAUCAAAUAGAAGAAGUGACUUUGAUACGUUAUUCACAACAAUCGGAUUUUCGCCGAGACAUAAUAAAAGGAUCCGUGCGCGCACAAAGACGCAAAAUAGCUAUUUGGGAACUGUUUCAAGCAAAUGUGCAUUCUCCUCUUUUUUUGGACAGAAUAGACAAAUCUCUUUUUUUUUCUUUUGAUAUUUCCGAACUGAUAAAAACAAUGUUUAUAAAUUGGAUGUAUAAAAACGCAGAAUUCACAAUUUCAAAUACAAAGAAAAAAACAAAAGAAAGUAAGAAAAAAGAAGAGGACAAAAGAGAAGACAACAAAAGAGAGGAAAAGCUAGGAUAGAAAUAGCCGAAGCCUGGGAUAGCAUUCUUUUUGCUCAAAUAAUAAGAAGUUGUGUUUUAGUAACCCAAUCAAUUCUUAGAAAAUAUAUUAUAUUACCUUCAUUAAUAAUAACUAAAAAUAUCAUUCGUAUACUUUUUUUUCAAACUCCCGAAUGGUCCGAGGAUUUAAAAGAUUGGAGUAGAGAAAUGCAUGUUAAAUGCACCUAUAAUGGAGUUCAAUUAUCAGAAAAAGAAUUUCCGAAAAACUGGUUAAUAGACGGGAUUCAAAUAAAGAUCCUAUUUCCUUUUCGUCUAAAACCUUGGUACAAAUCUAAGUUAAAAUUCUCUCAUAAAGAUCAAACGAAAAUGAAAAAAAAAGUACAAAAAAAUGAUUUUUUUUUUUUAACAGUUUUGGGAAUGGAAGCUGAACUUCCUUUUGGUUCUCCCCGAAAACGGCUUUCACUUUUUGAACCCAUCUUUAAAAAACUCGAAAAAAAAAUUAGAAAAAUGCAAAAAAUGGUUUUCGAGUUAUAACAAUUUUAGAAGAAAGAAGAAAAUUUUUUCUAAAUUUCUUAAAAGAAAAAAAAAACUGGAUCAUCAAAAACAUUUUUUUUCGAAAAGAAAUAAUAAACAA